GGAAGACGCGGAAGCUACAAACAGGAAGUACAGAGGCGGAGCCCAAAAGCAGCUAUCGAAUUGGAAAAGAAAAACGCCAAUCCCCUAAUUCCAAUGGCAACCGCAUCUUCCACCACUCAUAAUAAUUCCACCUCCGCCGCGGAUCCGCCGACGUCCGAUCUCCCAGUCCGCGUCUACGCCGAUGGGAUCUACGAUCUCUUCCACUUCGGUCAUGCUCGCUCCCUCGAACAAGCUAAGAAAUCGUUCCCUAACACCUAUCUGCUCGUUGGGUGUUGCAAUGAUGAAGUGACUCACAAGUUAAAGGGCAAAACUGUUAUGACAGAAUCGGAACGUUAUGAAUCCCUUCGCCAUUGCAAGUGGGUUGAUGAAGUCAUUCCUGAUGCCCCUUGGGUGAUCAAUCAGGAAUUUCUUGACAAGCACAAAAUUGACUAUGUGGCUCAUGAUUCUCUUCCCUAUGCUGAUGCCACUGGAGCUGGGAAGGAUGUCUAUGAGUUUGUCAAAGCCAUUGGGAGAUUCAAGGAAACAAAACGAACUGAAGGAAUUUCUACGUCAGAUAUCAUAAUGAGGAUUGUUAAAGAUUAUAAUCAAUAUGUGAUGCGGAACUUGGAUCGUGGAUAUACAAGAAAGGAGCUUGGUGUUAGCUAUGUGAAGGAAAAGAGAUUACGAGUGAACAUGAGAUUAAAGAAAUUACAAGAGAAAGUAAAGGAACAUCAAGAAAAAGUGGGAGAAAAGAUACAAACAGUUGCUAUGCAUCGAAAUGAGUGGAUAGAAAACGCUGAUCGCUGGGUUGCUGGAUUUCUUGAGAUGUUCGAAGAGGGCUGCCAUAAAAUGGGCACAGCCAUCAGAGAUCGAAUCCAAGAGCGAUUAAGGGGACAACGGUCCAGAGAAUUUCUGCCAAAUGGCAAUAAUGAUGAAGGUGACGAAGAAUAUUACUAUGAUGAUGAUGAUUCUUAUGAGGAUGAGGAUGACGAAGAAUAUUAUGAUCAUGAAGAAGACUACGCUGAGAAAGAAAAGAAAUAAAUUAACUUUUCCAUGCUAGCAGGUUAUUGUCUGGAUAUGAUGGGUAUCUGUAAAUUGCUAUACAGUAGCCGCAUUAAGUGCAGUAUGUGGCCAGUGUGGGUUAGUAGAACUAGGCGUUGAGUUGAGAGUAUUUCCUUUUGUAAUUUUUUUUUUUUUCAAUCUUCAAUUCUCUUUCAUGUGCGAAGAACUAAUUAUAGAACAAUAGUGCUUAAUUUCUUUUUGGUGCAGGUGUUCUGCUUGCUAAAAUUACUCUAGUUCACCUUUCUAGACUUAGCAAAGGCUGACUAGCGUUGAGAAAGCUGCUCUUCUCUCUUUUAUUUUUUAUUAUUAUUAGGUUAAAUUUUCAAUUGGGUCCCUCAAUGAUUGUAUAGACUUUUCAUUUGGUUUCUAAACUAAAAAAAUCUUCAAUUU